UUUGAAAAAGAAGUUCGAAAAGGUGUCGAUCCUGGAUUAGUAGAAAAAGUUCAAGGAAAUAUAUUUCGUACAAGAGUUUAUCCAAUACAACCUGGUGGCAAACGAAUAGUACGUGUCAUUUAUCAAGAUCAAGCACAAAUUGAAAAUGAUCAUUUUCUCUUUCAUAUUCCUAUCUAUUUUACUAAUAUUCUCGAAAAUUUGGAUAUUUCAUUGAUUUGUGCACAUACAUCAAAUCAUCGUCAACCAGAAUUUCUUCCAAAUAUUAAAUUUAAUCAACCUUUUAUCAAUUUAAAUGGCAAAUAUUAUUCUGAACUUCAUCUUGUCAAUGUUGAACCAUCGCAAGAUGAACAAUCUAUUACAUACAUGUUAAGAACUUUAGUAGCAGAACAAGUUAUGUAUGGCGUAGAAAUUGAUCCUGAUGAUCAUAGUCAAGCCUAUUUUGCUCUAUGUUAUAUGCCACCAUUUCCACAAUACAAUAAAAUCAUAACUACUAAUCAACAAACAAUAUCUAUUUGUAUACUAUGGGAUGCUAGUUUAAGUCGAGCAAAUAUUGAAAAUCGUAAUCAUGAAAUAAAUAUACUCAAGAAUAUGUUAGAUAUUUGGCAAUCAAAUGAUAUUAAUGUAAAUAUAACUGUAAUUAUAUUUCGAAAUGUACUUGAAGAACCAAAUACAUUUCAAUUAUAUGAUAAAAAUUAUUGGUCAAAACUCAAUCAAUUAUUAACUAAUCUAUCCUAUGAUGGUGCAACAAAUCUAUUUCAAUUAGCUACAAUUUCAACUAGUAUACCAAAUGUUACACACUACUUUUUAUUUAGUGAUUGUCUUUCGACAAUAGGUAAUGAUGAUCCAACAUUGUUGAGUCAAUUGACAACUAAACCAAUAUGGAUAUUUAAUGCAAAUAGUGAAUAUGAACCGACAAAUUUUUCAUUGAUUAACUAUUUAACUAAUAUCAGUGGUGGUAAUUAUAUUUCACGUGAUAAAAUUAUGGCUCAAAAUAGUGCAAAAAUUAUUGUUGAAUUGAUUGAUAAACCACAAUCUCGAUAUAUUAAUACAGAUAUUAUCAAUGAUACUAAUGUUCAUGAUAUUUAUCCAAGUCAUCCAAUUAUUUUAACAUCAAAUUCAGAAAGAUUCAUACUCGUUGGAAAAAUGUCAUCAACAGUAUCAACUAAAAUUUCUAUUAAUUUUUCUAUCUUAAAUCAAAUACAUUGUAAAGAACUAACAAUAGAUAAAGUAGAUUUGACAUCUGAAAAUUAUGGAUUAUUACGUCGUUUAUAUGCAAAACAAAUGUUAAUUGAAUUAACAGCAUUUCCAGAAAAAAAUAAACAACGUAUUUUAGAAAUUGGUAUGAAAUAUUCUAUUGUGAAUGAUUUCACAUCUAUACUUGUCUUAGAAACAUUACAACAACAUAUUGAACAUAAUAUAUGUCCACAUCCAUCACGUAAAACAUUAUACAAUGAUUAUAUAAAGUAUCAACAAAAUAAAACACAGCAAGAAUCAACAAAAAGUCAAGCCAAACUAACAGCUAUCUUAAAUCUAUGGCAAACACGUUGUACAUGGUACGACAGAACAAUAACGAAUAAAGAUCGCACAAAUGCAGUCAAAAGAAAAAGAAUUUCUAGUCCACGUAAUACAGGUGUACAUUAUGUAACACUAUCACGAGCUCGAUCAAAUCGUGAUACGCACAGGGAAUAUUUUUCAGAAAGACGACGCAAGGACAUUCACGAAUUGGAAUCCAUGAGUUUCGAUCAAGUUCUUCGAUCAGAGAGAUUAUCACCGUUAGAAUCCGUCUCCUUCGAACCGGGAAAUGAUGCACAAUUAUUUGACGACGAAGAUGAAUUUUUCGCUGAUAAUAGGCCUAUUACUCCUAAUCGUAGCAAUAUUAUUACUAAUACUCAUUCAAUCACUCUUCAAAAUUGGGAUCCACAAACACCUUACAUGGACAAAAUUAAAUCAACUACUAAUUCGCAAACAGCUUAUCAAAUUUAUUUAGAUGAACGUCAAUCAUAUUUGAAAUCACCAUCAUUCUAUUUUGAUAUAGCAUCUUAUUUUUUUUCAAAAGCUCGUUCAUCAAUGUCGAAUCCAUCAUCAAUUGAUAUAUUUAAUAAACAUCAUUCAAUUUCCAUUUUUGGUAUCGAAAAUUUUUCACAGGAUACUCAUCGUAAUAGUGAUAAUGAUAAUUAUGAAUUAUUAGGUUUACGUAUUUUAACAAAUGUAUUAGAACUAGAAUUAGAAUCACCACAAUUAUUACGAACUGUUGCUUAUAAACUUGUUGAAUUUGGUCUUCUUAAUUUAGCUGAAAAUAUUUUUCGACAUAUUGUAACUUUAAGAUCAGAUGAACCACAAUCAUUUCGAGAUCUAGCAUUAUUAUUACAAGAAUCUAAUAUUCAAAAUAAGAAUAUAAUAGAAAUAUCAGAUCUAUUUAAGAAAGUUAUAUUUGGUAAAUGGGAUAAUCGUUUUACUGAAAUUGAACUUACAACAUUACAUGAAUUUAAUUGGUUUAUAUGUGAAUAUCAUCAACAAAAUCAAAUAUCAAAUUCAAUUGAUAAUCGUCUUAUUCGACAUUUACCUGUUGAUUUAAGGAUCGU